AUGUGCUUGCAUACGCAUCGUGGUCAUAACAUUCUGUCAUCUGAAACCUUUGCGGUUGGCUUUAAAAGGCCUCUCCCUCGAUGCUCUCUACUAUGUCUCCUCACCGCCAUGACAUUCUUGAACAAGGCGCCUUCGUGCGUCUCUUGUGUGGUGGACAAGGACAUCUGUCCCCCUCCAACUGUUCAUGCUAUCUCUGAUUAUCCCAAAUAUUACGAUGCACUUUACUAUCCCCAAUAUCAUCCCGCUGUUUUUGCUACUGCUCAGACCUUCUGUGCCUGGCUGCUGAAGUCUCUCGUGUCCCAUUGCCGCUGCUGCUUGGUGUGCAGAAACCCAUUCACGGGAUGCGUGCCAUUCGAUGGUGUCCACAUCGUUGUCACGUCCUCUGAUGUAUCUCUCUCGCUGCCGCUUGGUGUUUUCGAGAGUGCAGGUUAUCACCACUGUGCCAUCAUGCACAAACUCUCCCUUAGUUCUAACCAAGUUUUUUCUUUCACUCACACGUUGGUCCAAUAUCCCCCUUGGAUGUUUUAUUCUGAGGAUACAAUCAAAUCUCGCUUGGACGCUAUACUUUUCGCUACAUUGUCUGAGAGUAUCUCGCGUGUUCCAGGUUUGCGUGUCGUCCAUCGCACCAAGCCAAACUUCGUUGCCGCUAUUACCCACCAUUUCCUCGACUUGCACGCAAAUCUCAUUGCGAGGUCUAUGCCCGAAGUAUUGAGUGAUUUUGCUUCGGUCAUGCUUCCGCUUGAAUGUGAUCAUCAAUUUCUGCCACUGCUCUCUGCCUUUGUUGAAAACAUUUAUGGCCCAGAGGUGGCAGCUGUGCUUCGUCGCCCAGCUCCUCCCACUUAUGUCUAUCAUUCUGUUGGCGAUAGCAUGCUGCCUUGGACAUUGUUGUCUACUGACCUUCUUGUUCGCCAUCUAUGCAAUAUCCCGCUUGCCUCCCUGCGUGACUAUGUUCACGAAUCGCCUUUACCCUGUCGACCUGUGGUGUAUCGUCGUUCUCAUCCCAAAACUUCGAAUAGCUUGGUCUGCCACAUCCGCGCUCAUGUUUUAUACCUGCAACUCGUAGGCCAUCCUGUCUUAUGUGACAUCUGGCUUGCAUACAGUCCAUUCACCAAUAUAUUUCCAGCCCACGCUUCAGAAUUGAUCACCUGUAUAUUAGAGUUUGAAUACGGGUCCGCGGUGGUUCAGGCGUUGGCAUCUGAUCCGUUGACGCUGUCCGAGCGCCUCAAGUUUGUCCGCCGAGAACAAAAAGUGUUGCGCGUAUCAGCUGCAGUCGAGCAGGCCAUCGAACAGAGGAACCAAUGGCCAGUUCUCGUUCCUAAACAUACAGUGGCUCAAAAAAGUGUCCCAAUGUUUGUAGCUUUUCAUGUAAUUGCUAUAUCAUGUGUCGAGACGUGGGAAUAUGACUAA